AUGGGGAGUAAAAGUUUGGCGUCGGCGGAAGAGGACGUGCCGAUUUCAAGGAUGUGUCGAGUCAGUAGCGGGUUUAAUGCGAAGGGUUCGGAAUUUGGAGGAGCGGCGACAGCGGCGGAGAAAAUUUUGACGGAGGGUGAGAGAAAGGAUGAUUUUGAAUCAGUGGUGAUGGAGCACCUGCGAAUGAAUGGCGCUUACUGGGGUUUGACAACUCUUGAUAUUUUAGGAAAGCUUGAUGCGGUUGAUCAAGAUGAAGUCGUUUCAUGGGUCAUGCAGUGCCAGCACGAAUCUGGUGGUUUUGGCGGGAAUAUAGGACAUGACCCCAAUGUAUUGUAUACACUCAGUGCUAUUCAGAUCUUAGCCUUGUUUGACAAGAUAGCUGUUCUUGACGUCGAGAAGAUUGCCAACUAUAUUGCCAGCCUGCAAAAUGGUGAUGGGUCCUUUAACGGUGACAUAUGGGGUGAAGUUGAUACAAGGUUUUCUUAUACUGCUGUAUGCUCUCUUGCAUUAUUACGUCGCUUGGACAAAAUAGAUGUGGAAAAAGCUGUGGACUACAUCGUGAGUUGCAAGAAUUUGGAUGGGGGGUUUGGAUGCACUCCAGGAGCAGAAUCUCAUGCCGGACAAAUUUUCUGUUGUGUGGGGACUCUUGCUAUCACUAAUUCGUUGCAUCAUGUUGACAAGGACCUCUUGGGAUGGUGGUUAUGCGAACGACAAAUGAAAUCAGGAGGUCUAAAUGGAAGGCCUGAAAAGCUUCCCGAUGUCUGCUACUCAUGGUGGGUCCUUUCCAGUUUAAUCAUGAUUGAUAGAGUUCACUGGAUUGACAAGGAAAAGCUGGUUAAGUUCAUCUUGGAUUGUCAGGAUAAGGAGAAUGGUGGGAUUUCAGAUAGGCCAGACGAUGCAGUCGAUGUCUUUCACACUUAUUUUGGUGUUGCUGGCCUGUCCCUUCUUGAAUAUUCGGGAGUGAAAGCUAUAGAUCCGGCAUAUGCAUUGCCAGUUGACGUUAUAAAUCGAAUCCUCAUCGGCAGAUAA